UGUUUUGCGCCAAAUUUGGCCCGAAAUUUACAGUCUUUCACCGCUGCUCAAAGCUAAAACUAAAAGGCCUAAAGCCUUCUCCAUCUUCUCUCUGUCGUCUCAAACGCCUCUCUUCUUUUCUUUUUGAAACGUUUCUUUUCGCUCCUUUCUUUGAAAAAAAAAACCGUUGUUAGGGUUUCUUCCUCUAUUUUAUCCAUGUUCUUGGAAAUUUCAUGUGCUUUCAAUUCAAUUCGUCGUCUCGGCGUUCUAAGUUACCUUUCAGUUUUGGGGUUUAUGUGACAUGCAGGCCAUUGAUUCUUCACGCAGUUCGAAUAUUUCCAUUCUCUGCAUUUCCUCAAUUUGGGAAAUACCCUUCUUCUCUUUCUCAAUUGCACCCUGUUUUUGUUCCAUUUCAGCUUUUGGGGUUUAACGAUCCAAGUCUCCUUCAAUUUGGGUAAUUUAUUAGGGUUUUUAUUGUUUCUUAUUUGAAUUUCAUUUCAAAGGGCAAAAACCAAAAAAAGCUUUUAUUUUCUAAUUUGGUCAGUGCUUUAGGGUUUUGGGUGGUUGUGGGAUGAAUAGUGUAUUCAGUGAACAGAUACUUGCAGAAAAGCUCUCCAAGCUCAAUAGCACUCAGCAGUGUAUCGAAACAUUGUCACAUUGGUGUAUAUUUCACCGGAGCAAGGCAGAACUGGUUGUUGCAACAUGGGAUAAACAGUUUCGCAGCUCAGAGAUGGUUCAGAAAGUCCCCCUCCUGUACCUCGCCAAUGAUAUUCUACAGAACAGCAAACGUAAAGGAAAUGAAUUUGUUAAUGAGUUCUGGAAAGUCCUUCCAGCAGCCCUGAAAGACCUUCUUGAGAAGGGUGAUGAUCGUGGGAAGAAUGUGGUUUCUAGACUGGUAGGUAUAUGGGAAGAAAGAAGAGUCUUUGGGUCCCGAGCACGAAGUCUAAAGGAUGUCAUGCUUGGUGAAGAAGUGCCUCCACCAUUGGAAUUAAGCAAAAAACGUCCACGCUCUGCCUCUGUCAGAAUUGUAAAGCGGGAUUCACGAUCCAUUAAAACGAAGUUGUCAAUUGGGGGCACAACUGAAAAAAUAGUUUCAGCAUUUCAUUUGGUGCUCAGUGAACAGCCAACUGAGGACGAAGAGAUGAGUAAGUGUAAGUCAGCAGUUCAUUGUGUGAGGAAGAUGGAAAAAGAUGUGGAUAUUGCUUGUGCAAUUGAAAAAGAUCCAAAACGAAUAACUUUGGCCAAAGAACUAGAAGAUGAAGAAAAUCUUCUGAAAGAGUGCAUUGAGAAACUCAAGUCAGCUGAAGCAAGUAGAGCAGCACUUGUAUCGCAGUUAAAAGAAGCUCUUCAUGAACAGGAAUCUGAGUUGGAGAAUGUUCGAACCCAGAUGCAGGUAGCACAAGCACAGGCAGAGGAAGCCUGUAACAUGCGGAAGCGGCUCAAUGAUGAAGAUUAUGUAUCAACAUCAUCUGCUACAACAAUCCUGUCAAUUGAUGCCAAUGCAAAACCUGGAGAAACACCUAAGAGGACGGCUGCAGCUAUCGCAGCUGAGGUUGCAGACAAGCUUGCAGCUUCUAGCUCCUCUCAAAUGAUCAUGCACUCUGUUCUUUCUACAUUUGCAGCUGAAGAAGCAAAAAGUGCUGGUCUAACAAAGGCGUCCUCUCAGUCGAACUCCCUCACAUCAGUACCUGUCAGUUCUGUUACUGAUGCAAUUUCGAAAUCAGAGAAAUCGAUGCCAGUUGCAGAUCCUAAUGUUUUUAUUCCAGCACAAGCACUUGUUGCCCCAAUAAACCAUUCUUAUCAAUCAGUUGUGGUGCCUCCACCAGCCAUGCAAAGCCAAACCACCUCUCAAGCUCAAUAUCACAUGCUUCCUAACGUGUCCUCACAACAGUUUUUGCAGCCAUCAGGGGGAACUAUAUACGGUAGUUAUGGUGGUAUGCCACCAUUGCCACCUGGACCACCGCCACCACCUCCCUAUAUGGUUAGUCCUAUGGUACCUCUGACUCCACAACCGUUGCCAAUAACUCAGCAGCAGUCGGUACCAUCGGCUCAGCAAACCCCUUUGACUCAGCAGCAACUGCUGCCCUUAACUCAGCAACCACCUGUGCCUCCUAGUUUCCGGCCUCUUCAACCGCCGGGAAUGGUGUACUAUGGUCAUCCACCACAUUCAUAGUAAAUAAGAUCUUUUAGAUUAGGCAGAUGAAAAUUUUGAAAUUUUGUUUGUGAUAAUUUGGAAUUGUCGAGAUAAUCACUUGUAGAAGUCCCAGAAUAAUUUAUACAAAUGGUUCCAAUGAGCAACUAGUGACCAGGCAAGCAUUAGCAAUUUCUAUUC